UGGCUGGUUCACCGGGACCCGGAGGGGUCUGUCUCUGGAAGCCAGCCCAACUCAGGCCUCGCCCUUGAGAGUUCCAGUGGCCUUCAAGACGUGACAGGCCCAGACAACGGGGUGAGAGAAAGCGAAACGGAGCAGGGAUUCAGUGACGAUUUGGAGGAUUUGGGGGCUGUGGCCCCUCCUGUCGGUGGAGACCUAACCAAAGAGGAUAUAGAUCUGAUUGACAUCCUUUGGCGACAGGAUAUUGAUCUGGGGGCUGGGAGUGAGGUUUUUGACUACAUUUAUCUCCAGAAGGAGCAGGAUGUGGAUAAGGAACUGCAAGAUGGAGGAGAACAAGAGGUCACCUGGGCAGGCGAGGGCGCGGAAGCUCUGGCCCGAGACCUGCUAGUAGAUGAAGAGACUGGGGAGAGUUUCCCUGCACAGUUCCCUCCAGACGUUUCCAGCAUCACAGAAGCAGUGCCUAGUGAGAGUGAGUCUCCCGCCCUUCAGAACAGCCUUAUAUCUCCACUUCUGACGUGGACAGAGUCACCAUUUGAUUUGGAACAGCAGUGGCAAGAUCUCAUGUCCAUCAUGGAAAUGCAGGCUAUGGAAGUGAAUACAUCAGCAAGUGAAAUUCUGUACAAUGCCCCUCUUGGAGACCCUCUUAGCACCAACUACAGCCUUGCGCCCAACACUUCUAUCAAUCAGAAUGUCAGCCUGCAUCAGGCAUCCCUGGGGGGCUGCAGCCAGGACUUCUCCCUCUUCAUCCCCGAGGUGGAGAACCUGCCUGUGGCCAGCAGCUCCACACUGCUUCCACUUGUCCCAAGCAACUCUACCAGCCUCAACUCCACCUUCGGCUCUACCAACCUAGCAGGGCUUUUCUUUCCAUCCCAGCUCAAUGGCACAGCCAAUGAUACAUCAGGCCCUGAGCUGCCUGACCCCCUGGGGGGGCUGUUAGAUGAAGCUAUGCUGGAUGAAAUCAGCCUGAUGGACCUGGCCAUUGAGGAGGGCUUGAACCCGGUGCAGGCCUCCCAGCUUGAGGAGGAGUUUGAUUCUUUUUAUAUUUUUACAGAUGCCAUUUUACACAAAAAUUAA